AAGAAGAAAAAGAAUGCUGUUGUUGAUUGAACCAACGAGGAACUGUAUAGCCUAAAUUGUUUUCUUAAAACUAGGUAGAAUCAUAUAAUAAACAAAUUUAGAAAACAAAUAUAUUUUCUUUAUUGUUAGUUUAUAUUUUUAUAUCUGAUUAUCAAAAUAAUGGAUAAAAAGAUCAAGAUCGAGAAGCAGGAGAAUGAAUUUGGAGAAUGGGAAUUUGCAACCAGCAACGUCAAAGAUGAGUCAUCCUCACACAAUGGUUCAACUUUCAAUCAGAUGGCGAGAGUUAAGCAGGAGAAUGAUAGCAGCCAAGAAUCAGCGACAGAGUGCAGCACUGCAUGCUCUCCAAUUGAUGAUGAUUUCAGCCAACAACAUUAUCUAAUCCCUGGCUAUAAUCUAAUAUUCAUCAAAGAGGAAGAAUAUGUUGAGCAAGAGGCAGAAGGAAGUUCAAUGGAGAUGUGGCCCUCAAGCUGCAGCACAUCUGAAACUGCCAAUGCGACAGAAGUGGGUGGACUGAAUAAGCAUUCAAUCUCUCCAUUGGAAACGUACAAUGAGUCAUCUGUGGCUGGCAAAAAGACCAAGCUCUACAGCUGUGCUGAGUGCAGCUAUAAAACAACACAGAUCACUUAUUUGAAGAUACACUUGAGAAAACACACUGGGGAAAAGCCUUACAGUUGUGAGCUAUGUGACUAUAAAUGUGCUUAUUCAAGUUCUUUAAAAAUACAUCUCAGAACACAUUCCAGAGAAACACCUAUCAGCUGUAAGUAUUGUGACUAUAGAUCUGCUCGUACAAGUGAUUUGAAGAAACAUAUAAGAACACAUACAGGAGAAACACCUUUCAGCUGCGAGUAUUGUGAUUAUAAAUGUGCUCUAUCUGUUAAUAUGAAGAGACAUAUCAGAAAACAUACCGGAGAAAAACCUUUCAGCUGCGAGUAUUGUGACUUUAAAUGUGCUCGUACAGGUUAUUUGAAGAUACAUAUCAGAAAACAUACUGGAGAAACACCUUUCAGCUGCGAGUUUUGUGACUAUAAAUGUGCUCGGUCAAAUACUUUAAAGGAACAUAUCAGAUCACAUACAGGAGAAACACCUUUCAGCUGCGAGUAUUGUGACUGACUAUAAAUGUGCUCGUAAAGGUAAUUUGAAGAUACAUAUCAGAAAACAUACAGGAGAAACACCUUUCAGCUGCGAGUAUUGUGACUAUAAAUGUGCUCAAUCAAGUACUUUGAAGAUACAAACCAGAACACAUACAGGAGAAACACCUUUCAGCUGUAAAUAUUGUGACUAUAAAUGUGCUCAAUCAAGUAAUAUGAAUACACAUAUCAGAAAACAUACAGGAGAAACACCUUUCAGCUGCGAGUAUUGUGACUGACUAUAAAUGUGCUCCUAAAGGUAAUUUGAAGAUACAUAUCAGAAAACAUAUAGGAGAAACACCUUUCAGCUGCGAGUAUUGUAACUAUAAAUGUUCUCAAUCAAGUACUUUGAAGAUACAUACCAGAACACAUACAGGAGAAACACCUUUCAGCUGUAAAUAUUGUGACUAUAAAUGUGCUCAAUCAAGUAAUAUGAAUACACAUAUCAGAAAACAUACAGGAGAAACACCUUUCAGCUGCGAGUAUUGUGACUAUAAAUGUGCUCAAUCAAGUAAUUUGAAUACACAUAUCAGAACACAUACCGGUACAGGAGAAACAACUCCAAGCUGAAAAUUUGUAUGUGUUCUGAUAUGUGUAUUCAAAUUACUUGAUUGAGCACAUUUAUAGUCACAAUACUCGCAGCUGAAAGGUGUUUCUCCUGUAUGUUUUCUGAUAUGUGUAUUCAUAUUACUUGAUUGAGCACAUUUAUAGUCACAAUAUUUACAGCUGAAAGGUGUUUCUCCUGUAUGUGUUCUGAUAUGUCUCUUCAUAUUAACAGAUAGAGCACAUUUAUAGUCACAAAACUCGCAGCUGAAAGGUGUAUCUCCUAUAUGUUUUCUGAUAUGUCUCUUCAUAUUAACAGAUAGAGCACAUUUAUAGUCAGUCACAACACUCGCAGCUGAAAGGUGUUUCUCCAGUAUGUGUUCUGAUAUGUCUCUUCAUAUUAACAGAUAGAGCACAUUUAUAGUCACAAUACUCGCAGCUGAAAGGUGUUUCUCCUGUAAGUUUUCUGAUAUGUAUCUUCAAAUUACCUGUAUGAGCAUAUUUAUCAGUAGCUUCCCAUCUUACUGGGCAGCGCAAGCUGCACAGCAGAAGAAGGCUGCUGCUGCUACUGCUGCUCCUGCUUCCCACGAGUCACCUCUCAGAAGACAAGGCAUCAUCGUGGAGAGGGAUUUGCUCUCUACCGAAAUCGUCAUCCCGGACACUCCACCACCACCACAGCAAGAGUGCCCGACACUCCGCCAUCAUCAUCACCUUAUCUGGAGUGGGCGCCUCGCAGGGUGGCGCUCACCAACAUCACCAACCAGAACCGCCACAUGCUGAAGAGGAAGCUGUUUGAGGAGAUUGAUGUCAGCGGAGAGGAGGAGGAGGAGGAGGACACCAUUCUCACUCAGCCAAAGAAACGCGUGCAUGGAGGAGAGAACUCCUCCCUCACACUGCUACUGCAGCAGGUAGCGCAGGAGGGGGAGGGGGAUAGGCUCGAAAUUUAUUGAGCUCGUGAAUUGCCCAUCCCCAAAACCAUGGAUGCCCCUGCGCAAGUUGGAGGAAGAUCUCCCCCACACCAUCCUUGUGGCUCGUGAGGAAACAAAUUGCCAUGGUUGAUGCAUUGUCCUCAAGAUAAAAAGAGCAUCCACAAAGAAAAUAUCUGAGGUAUAUCUACCUCAGAGAUUUUCACAGACUAUUGGUCCAACAAAAGUUGAAAAAUUCAACAGCAGUUGUAAAAACUUUGCGAUUGUAGUAAAGCAUGUCACUACCACUUGGACUGACAUUAAGAUUAUUAAAAUUUAACAAUCUUAUUGACAAUUAUAGUAAAUUGUAGUGAAUAAAUUGUAAUAUUGUUUCUGUAAAAAAUUGUUUUCAAUUCUCAGCUUUAGAAAGCUGCAUGGAUUGGAACAACGCCUGUGAAAGUGCAAUUGAACUCAUGAAAAUCAUACUCUUGUUGAACAACUAGAAGACAUUUUUUAAGCACAGUCAAUUUAAACGAUUUAAGAGACUGCCUGAAUUUUUAAAAAUUGUGUGUUGCUAAACUAAUUAAAAUUGAUGAUGAAGUGUUGAAUAAUUAUUAUUGUAGUGAAAAUGUGUAAAUAAAUUUCUAGUGUAUA